AUGGGGAUAGAGGAUAAUAACAUGAGGAACGGCAGAGGCCUGUCGGACCAAUGGGCCGAUAGCAUGGUGGUUCGGCCCCGGACCACGGAGCGAAGCAUCACCGUCCACAAGAAACUGGUCCUGGGGUUCGCCAUCUCCAUCCUCACCCUCAUCGUCGUCACGGCCAUCGCGGUUCUCCUCAGCGUCCGGUUCGAGGAGUGCGCCGGGGAGAGCAGCUCACGAGGGGCCAAUGGCUCUAACGCCAAGUUCAACGGGUCACGGGAUGGAAACGGGAACCACAAAGAUGAAGAAGCCCAGCCGUGGAGACACCUCCGGUUACCGACAUCUCUCCGGCCCCGGCACUACGACCUGCGUCUCUCAGUGAACAUGGAUAACUUUACAUUCUCCGGGGAAGUGAACAUUGAAUUCGAGUGUGUAAACUCUACCAAAUUCAUAGUGCUUCACACGGACCGCCUCGAGGUGGAGAAAGUGGCGGUUUACUCGGAUAAUAAAAAACCCGGUGUCAUGAGAAUCCACCGCCAAUUCCAUUACCCAGGCAACCAGGUUUAUGUGAUCGCUUUACACAGGGAGCUGAAGCCCAUGAGGACGUAUAAAGUAAACAUUACUUUCGACGCUCAAAUAGAAAGUGAACUCCUGGGAUUUUUCCGCAGCUCAUAUAUUCUGCAAGGAGAGAGAAGGUACAUGGCGGUGACACAGUUCUCCCCCACCCACGCCAGAAAGGCCUUUCCGUGUUUUGAUGAGCCCAUCUACAAGGCCACGUUCCGGGUCAGCCUGAGACACGAUGCGUCCUACCUCUCUCUCUCCAACAUGCCUGUAGAGGCCUCCAUCUCUGAUGAUGAUGGCUGGGUGACCAACCACUUCUCCAGGACCCCUCGUAUGUCCACCUACUACCUGGCCUGGGCCGUCUGUAACUUUACCUACAGAGAGGUGACCACUGACAGUGGAGUGGUGAUCCGACUGUAUGCCAGGCCCAACGCCAUCCAGAGCGGAGCGGGUGACUACGCUCUCCACAUCACAAAGAGACUCCUCCAGUUCUAUGAGGAUUACUUCAAAGUCAAAUACUCCCUGCCCAAAUUAGAUAUCCAGCCCAAUAUCCAGGCCUGUAUUCAGACCUAUAUCCUACUCUAUAUGCAGGCCUGUAUCCAGACCUAUAUCUUCCUCUAUAUCCAGGCCUGUAUUCAGACCUAUAUCCUACUCUAUAUGCAGGCCUGUAUCCAGACCUAUAUCCUACUCUAUAUCCAGGCCUGUAUCCAGACCUAUAUCUUCCUCUAUAUCCAGGCCUGUAUCCAGACCUAUAUCCUGCUCUAUAUCCAGGCCUGUAUCCAGACCUAUAUCCUACUCUAUAUCCAGACCUAUAUCCUGCUCUAUAUCCAGGCCUGUAUCCAGACAUAUAUCCUACUCUAUAUCCAGGCCUGUAUCCAGGCCUAUAUCCUACUCUAUAUCCAGGCCUGUAUCCAGACCUAUAUCCUGCUCUAUAUCCAGGCCUGUAUCCAGACCUAUAUCCUGCUCUAUAUCCAGGCCUAUAUUCAGACCUAUAUCCUACUCUAUAUCCUGCUCUAUAUCCAGGCCUAUAUUCAGACCUAUAUCCUACGCUAUAUCCUGCUCUAUAUCCAGACCUAUAUCCUGCUCUAUAUCCAGACCUAUAUCCUGCUCUAA